AUGGAGCAGUUGCCAGUACCGAGGACGAGGGCCUGCGCAGUGGACAAGGCGGCAGAACAGCUGCGCCACGGAAGCCGCGUAGUGAGAGACCUGCAGCGGCGUCUACAGAACUCCAUGGAGGCCUUCCGUGAGUCUCUGCGGGCCAAGUCGGCAGAGAUGCAGCAGCGGCAUGCGGAGAUGUGGCAGGACCGUCAGGGGGAGCUCCAAGGCUACGCUGAGGACUUCCAGCGGCGCCUGGAGGAGCUUAAGGCCUCGCAGCGACGUGAGGCGGACCAUGUACAGCAGUCCACCGAGCAGUCGGUACUCCAAAUGCGGCGCAUGCACGAAGCGGAGAUGAGCUCCUGGCAAAUGCAGGCACUGAAUCGGCGCUCUGAGCGAAUCCACCGCCUGGAGCACGAAUUCGCGGAGGAGCGACGCCUCAAAGAGCAGGCCGCCCAGAACGCAGAGCAUGAGCUGGCACAGGUUCAGAAAGAUCUGCUGGACUUCAAGGCUUCCUACCGGCUGGUGGAUCAACAGGUUGAUUCCCUGCGUGGCACCUUGGAAGAGAUGCGGCGGAGGGCGCAUCAGGCGCAGAAGGACGCGGACCAGGCCUUUGAGGAGGCCAACCAGGCGGAGGCCAACAUCGCCACACUGGCGCAGGACAUCGCCAUGCUGGAGGUGCGCCGAGGCUCUGAUUCCCCAACCGCCGUGCUGCCGCCCAAGCCGCCCAAGCCGAAGCCUCCGAGGGCGCCCGGCCUCACGGAGGAGCUCCGGGAGGCCAUUGCCAGCCACAAGCACCUGGAGGCGGAGCUGGCGCAACUAGAGGCCCAGCUUGGGGACUUGGAGGACGAGCUGGCAGAGAAGGACAAGACGGUGGAGAUCCUGGAGGUGGAGACAGAGGAGGAGCGGCUCAGAACCCACCGCCUGCAGGCCAGGAUUUUGCAGCUGGAGCAGGCGCUCAGCUGA